AGAGACGAAAUGGCGCAGCAAAGAAAUCAACCGGAUUCAAAGAAAUUCUCUUGUUCCAUCUGUCUGGAUCUACUGAAGGAUCCGGUCACUACUUCCUGUGGACACAGCUACUGCAUGGACUGUAUUAAAACACACUGGGAUGGAGAGGAUGGUCAGAGAAUCUACAGCUGUCCUCAGUGCAGGAAGACUUUCACACCGAGGCCUGUCCUGGAGAAACACGUCCUGUUAGCAGAGUUAGUUGAGGAUCUGAAGAAGACUGGACUCCAAGCUGCUACUGAUGAUCACUGCUAUGCUGGACCUGAAGAUGUGGCCUGUGAUGUCUGCACUGGGAGGAAGAUGAAGGCUGUCAAGUCCUGUCUGGUCUGUUUGGCCUCUUAUUGUGAAAAUCACCUCCAACCUCACCAUGAUUCACCUCCAUUGAAGAAACACCAGCUGGUGGAGCCCUCCAAGAACCUCCAGUCGAACAUCUGCUCUCAUCAUGAUGAGGUGAUGAAGAUUUUCUGUCUCACUGAUCAGCAGGUGAUCUGUUAUCUCUGCACAAUGGAUGAACAUAAAGGCCAUGAAACAGCCCCAGCAGCAGCAGAAAGGAAGAAGAAGCAGAAGGAGCUGGAAGUGAGUCGACUGAACAUCCAGCAGAGAAUCCAGGACAGACAGAAAGAUGUGGAGCUGCUUCAACAGGAGCUGGAGGCCAUCAAAGUCUCUGCUGAUAAAACAGUGGAGGACAGUGAGAAGAUAUUUAUCCAGAUGAUCCAUCUCAUCCAGAAAAGAGGCCGAGAUGUGGAGCAGCAGAUCAGAUUCCAGCAGGAGACUGAAGAGAGUCGAGUGAAAGAGCUUCAAGAGAAGCUGGAGCAGGAGAUCAGAGAUCUGAAGAGGAAAGAUGCUGAGCUGAAGCAGUUCUCAGAUACACCAGAUCACAACCACUUUCUUCACAACUACCCCUCAGUGUCAGCACUCAGUGAGUCCACACACUCAUUCAGCAUCAACAUCCGUCCUCUGAGACACUUUGAGGACGUGACAGCAGCUGUGAAAGAGCUCAGAGAUCAACUGCAGGACAUUCUGAGGGACACAUGGACAAACAUCUCACUGGCAAUCACUGAAGUGGAUGUUUUACUGUCAGAACCACAAGCAAAACCAAAGACCAGAGAUGAGUUCUUAAAAUAUUCAAGAGAAAUCACUCUGGAUCCAAACACAGCAUUCAGAUAUCUAUUACUAUCUGUAGGGAACAGAAAAGUAACAUCCACAGGAGAAGAUCAACUUUAUCCUGAUCAUCCAGACAGAUUCACUGGAUGGUGUCAGGUCCUGAGUAAAGAGAGUCUGACUGGACGUUGUUACUGGGAGGUGGAGUGGAGAGGAGGAGGAGUUUAUGUAGCGGUCACAUACAAGAAUAUCUGCAGAAAAGGAAAGUCAGAUGAAUGUGUUUUUGGAAGAAAUGACAAAUCUUGGGCUUUACGUUGUGACACCAACAGUUAUUCAUUUUACUACAACAACACUACAACUUCUGUCUCUGGUCCUCAGUCCUCCAGAAUCGGAGUUUAUCUGGAUCACAGAGCAGGUAUUCUGUAUUUUUACAGCGUCUCGGAAAUAAUGACUCUCCUCCACAGAGUCCAGACCACAUUCACUGAGCGCAUACAUGCUGGAGUUUGGGUUUUAGAUUUGGGAACCACUGCAGAGUUCCUUGAAGUCAAAUAGAGUACUUCCAGUGUCUGAGGGUUGGUUCAUGUUCAGCCCUGAUUUAAGUUCAUGAUCUACAGUUUAUUUCUGUAGUUGCAGCAUUAAUUAGUCACAUGAUGAUGGAACUGACUGAUUCUUAAAUGUUUCAGUCUGCUUUCAGCUUCUGAAACAUUUCUUGGUUUUAUUUGUCAUAUUUGACAAGAAACUGAAUGUUUUGUGGGUUUUGGAUUCAAACUUUUGAAUUGUUGAGCUGUGAGGAAUUCAAAUGUUUUUUUUCCGUAUUUUCUGACAUUUUACACUCAAAAUGAUUGACAGAGAAAAUAAUCAGCAUGAAAUAAUCACGAUCUGAAGUCCUGUCAUCCAUAGUUUCAUCAUUUCUGUUUGAUAUUUCUUGUGGACAGCUCAGAUUAUUGUUGAUGAACAACCAGUGUGUCUGAAUAGAUCUGAGUCAGUGUUUAUUGUUUUCUGAGAUUUCAUAACAUAAAAGUAAAAAAACCAAACUGACCUGUCACUGAACCACUGAGUGACACUGACUUUUUGGGUUGUUUUGUCUCUUUGCCACAGUUUUGUGUUUUAGAUUGUUUUUGUGUUGUAAUUUUACAUAGUAAUGUUGUGGCUUUUUGCAGAAAUUUUGUGUAUUUUUACAGGUGAAACAUUUAAACAUCAACUACAAAAAGAAAAUGCUUUACUAUCAGUUUGACGCAUGAAAUCCCUAAAUUCACAUUUUAUUCUUCACAAUUUAUUGUAAAUAUUUCCAUGUUUUCACAUUUUACCUUCUCAGAAACUAUUUUGCAACUUAAGAGUUUCAUAAAAUUGUAGUAGUAAUUUGAGUUAUAAUAUCCUUGAAUCUGGUUUUUGCUUUCCUUUGAUUUGAAUUCAUGGUUCUUCAAUCUCAUUUCUUUGAUGCGACCCAGCUGAGGUGAAGGAAAAAUCUGAUUUUUAUUCAAAUGUGCACUUCAUUUCUCUUUGAUAGGGAUAUAUGUACAAAAUGUGUUGAAUCUCUGUUUGAUUGUGGAUUUUCUGGUGGAAAAUAAUGAUGAUUUAUUGCAGU